GCAGAUUGACUUCGGCUCUCUUCGUCCACGUCAGUGUAGCACCUGCACUUUCAUAUUCUCCAGUGCCUCGUUUGUUCCUCUCACUUCGGGCCUGCAAUUCGUCAUUGAACAGCGCCACAAGCUUAUGAAAAGCCCAAACUUCGCCUCAGUAGAGCUCAAUACUGUGUCGAUAGGCUCAGGGUGGAAGCAACCAGUACAGCCUCGUUCAACAAUCAUCGUUGCCGAGUUUCAAUCAUGGGAAAUCAAAGUCCCCCUGUUCAGGGUCUCGUCCAGGGGGGUAAGUUGAUCCUGGAUGACAAGGGAAAGGUCUCAAAGAUCUACGACAGGGGAGAGUCAGCCCGAUUGAAACGAGCAGCAGCCAAACCCGACGAUACAUCGAAGAAAGGCAAAGCGAAGCGCUUCGACAAAGCAUCGCCCGAGCCAGAUCUCAUCGAGAAGAUUGCUGAUGAGCUUGACGAGGCAAAGGUUUCAUACGUUCUCGAGCCUGAGAGGAUGUUCAUUCCACACAACCAGCUUACGAAAAUUCUCACGUUCAGCCGGAUUCGUAGCAUUGUACAUAUCCUGAAAUGCUUCAGUGGUGAGAAAGACAAAGAAGCCAUCUCACGGCGGAUCUUUUCUGGAAACCCCGAAAAAGGAAAGGCUCCCUGCGUGAAGCUACUGGCAGUUCUCAUUGGAAUCAACUCGGCGGAGCUUAUGGCCAAACAUAUGCUGUCCGACAACAUGUCAGACAUAUGCUUGCCGAUCCAAAAACUUACAGUCAACGGGAAGCAACAGCUGCGUUGCCGAGAACAUGGGUUUCACAGCGAGUUCAACAACUACCGUCGACAAGACAAGCGAGAAAGGUUUUCUCAAUGGUCUUACUUGUUGAGUGCGCCAUACAUCACAAGACAGAACAACCUUCACUCGCACUAUAUCCUUGAUACUGGCGAUGUCUUCCCCAUGGACUUCGAGUAUAAAGUAGAGCAAGAUGUUGACACUGAAUCAACCGCCAAAGGCUCCGGAAGCGACGGAAACACAUAUGGGGGGUUCAGCGAGGUCUACAAAGUCAGAAUUCAUGAUGGACACUAUGACUUCGGAGAACACGGUAUCCGUCACCCGCGAGGCUACUUUGCGCUCAAGAAGCUCACGUCCCAUAACCGGACGAGCUUCAAUCUGGAGCUCUCGUCGCUAAUAUUCACGGGACGUAACUACACGAAAAAGAACAUGAUUCAAGUUCUGGCUACAUUCGAGGUGGUUAAUCCUGCAACUACAGCCUCGACGUUCUACCUGCUGUUUGAUUGGGCCGAGGGUAGUUUGAACAAGUUUUGGGAGAGCAACCAGACCCUAGUCGGUGACAAGAGCCACUGUCUGUGGAUGGCAAACCAGUUUUACGAGAUCAGCGAGGCACUUCAAUGCGUUCACAACGACCACGCACAGACGAUGCGGUACUUGGAGGACCGAGAUUCAAACAAGGACCUGUACGGAAGACAUGGUGAUAUCAAGCCAGGAAACUUUCUCUGGUUUCAUACGAAGAGCCCCCCUGGUCUUAUAGCCUUGUCGGACUUUGGGCUCGGAAGAUUGCAUACCCAGGUGUCCCGGUCAAAGCAAGACCCCAAGAACAUUGAGAGAACGGCCACCUACCGCUGUCCAGAGUUUGACCUACCGUUGGGCCAGGUUUCACCAAGAUCGGACAUUUUCAGUCUCGGCUGUGUGAUGCUGGAAUACGUUACCUGGUUCAUGAUGGGCUUGCAUGCCGUGGAGCAGGUCUUCCCCAACGCCCGAAGUGAGCGCGACAUCUACGGGUUCGACUCCGACGUCUUCUUCUCCGUCAAAGACAACAAUGCCGUUCUGAAGCCGUCCGUGGUGUCGUGGAUCAGAGGCUUGCAGAGCCACCCAGACUGUUCUUGGUACAUUUCGGACCUCCUCGACACCAUCGAAACAGGAAUGCUGGAUCCUAACGGAGCAACAAGGUUACCAGCGAACCGGCUGACCAAGAGAAUGAAGGCUCUCUUGGCGACAUGUGAGACCACGCCUAACUACUAUCUUGGGGUUCGAUCAAGAACUUGAAUGGCGACCGAGGACUGUGAUUAUUGUCACGAUGCACGAGGAUUCACCACAACGUUGUUUGGACCAUGGUACUAUUGAUAGAACGCGACUUCUCUAAAACCGGACCCUCGACCACCCUCCGAAGCAUCGCCACAGGCUGAUCGCAAACUUUCCAACUGCUCCCGUGUGAUAUCCAUCGGUUAUGUCCGUUAAAUGUAUGCGCUCGCGCAGAGUGUUUGAUAAGAGUGCGAUCUCACGCGCUGCUCAAGCUGAGCCAGGUCGUUCUUGAGUAUUGAAGCUGUUAGCGAAAAGAGUUCGAGAUUAUAAGAGAGGAACUGGGAGUUUUUGUGCACAUUUUUCAUUGGUGUGGGUAACAUGAGAAUGUAUCGGUCGGCUCUCUCCUGGACUUGAUACUUUCCUUCGCCAUAAAUAGAAUCAAGAGAUUUCUUCAGCUUCCGUUGGUCGAGAUAUCUCGCCCUCAUCAGCUGCUCGUGCGGAAACGGAUUCGCCGCUUUGGGUGUUGGUGCGGCGUUGGGUAACGAAGACGAUGACGCCUGCCCAACGGCCUUCUUCCCGGUGUCUUCUUUGACUUCCAGCCGGUUCUUAUGGCUUGAGUUCUUCUUCAAGAAGGCCAUGUUGAGCGACGUGACGCAAGUCGUCGAUGGGACCGGCCCAAGUAACUCUUCACAGCGUUUUUGGCGAGGGGGCUUGGAUAGCGGUGCUCAGCUUGGGGCGAUGAGAAUCAGAAA